GUCAGAAGUGAGCGCCGAGCGCUCUACGCCGCACCAAGCAAUGCAGCGGAUGGCAGCAAUUUACGGACCUCAAUCCAACACCCGGCACCGCUUCGCCGCACGGAGGCGCGGGGACUCCAAGUCACCGCUUGCGUUCCGUAGCGCACUGCUGGUGUUGGCCAAGGUGGCCUACCCCCGGAUGGAGGUGGAGGGCAUCGAUGCCCUCGUCAUGGAGAAGUUGCUGGCGUUGGCGCAGGAGCUCCAGGUCCACGCCGUGGACGACAGCGACUUCUGCUCCCUGCAGGUGGCCAGGCGCAUCCAGGCCCAUUUGCUCCUGCAGCGGGAGAUGGGCCUGGCUGCGAGCUCAGUACGCUGGAGGAGCCGGAACACACACAGGCCUUCACAUUGUUGUAUCUAUGCCCCUUUUUCUAAAAAUUAAUAUUAAGAAUAAUUAGGCCAAAUUUUUUAAAAUUAAAUAAUGAAACAACCCGCUAACCCUCGCAUGCCACACCAGGAAAAAAAAACGUGGAAGGCCAUUAAACGGCAAGACUUCGGAGCACAGAGUGGUCAGAGAUAUCCAGAUGGACGAAAGGUCGAUGGCCUAACCUUCCCAAGACGUCUGGAGAUGCAUGGAUAACGUGCAGAGCAAAGAAAAACAACUGUUGCAACUCGCGUUUUCUUUAACGUUUUCCUUAACGAAAAGUAGAAACUUAACAAAAAGAAUCAACCAACGGUAUAAGACUGCAGCCUACAAUAGGGGCUUUUUAUUAGUAAUUCCCUUAUUUUACUCGUAUUCACCGCAUAUAUAUUAUUUUGAAUUGUAUGUUUCUAUCUACAUGACCUUACGAAAAACUAAAUAAUAUGAACUCCAGCAGUCAAGAAAGCUUAAGUGGAAACUUAGUUACACUUAACCUCAGGACAUUAAAAUAUAACUCGAGUUAAACAGUUCAAUCCCUGUAUACAGAUAGACAACAAACGUCAGGACCUCCCCGCCACCUUUAUCUUCCAACGGUUUGGCACAAGCACACGCGUGCCAUGAAAUACGUAUGGCGGGGUCUGGCCUUGGGAUGACCCACUCAGAGGGAGUGGGGGGUCAGGGCGGUCACGAGGAGGGGUCGGGAGGGUGUCUGUUUUUUCGGUUUUGUUGUUUCUCUCGCAAGAGAUGCGCAAGAAGGGGGUCAAAGAGUCGCGAAGGGGAGGUCUGUGCCUGACACUCCUAGCGUCUAUUUUUUUCACGUUUUUGGGUUUUAAGCACAACGCACAUCACGCAGUGCAGUCUGGUUCGAGUCGCGCUCAGUCUCGUGACUCGGCUUGCGACGCAGCGUUGCGAGGGAGGCUGAUUUGGGGCGCAUCGUGCCUCGAGGAGAGAUGGCAAGAGGAGGGGUCAUUUAAGUGGCAGAAGUCUGCGUUCAGCCUGGGUCGAGGCUGGGUUUCAGCCGUGCUCCGGUGGCGGUGCCGUCGUGAGGGAGCAAACACCGAUACCGAUGGCCGGUGUCGCUUCUCGCAGAACGAAGUGGCGAGGUGUGGUUAAGUGCGAGUGAAGCUUGCGAAAUUCCAGCUAUCAUUCUCGUGAGAGAACCUGAACCAGCGAAGCCCUGAAGUAAGGGCGGGAGAGGCAUCAGCGAGUGCCCGUAUGAAGCUGUCAGCUGCACGCCAAAGUUGAAAGCAAGGAGAGAGAACGGAGCAACCGAGAAAGAGUGUCAGCACUGGCGACCUGUGGAUGAGCUGCGAGCGCUAUUGGGCACCGCCGAAGGCGAGCGUCGUGCCGACACCACUCAUCUAGCAGUGGAGGGAGAGAGCACACGAGCAGCACCAAGCCCCAGGUACCAUCAAGCGCCAAGCAACCAAGUUUCUUCAAGGAACAUCGUGCCAACGCCGCUCCAUCUAGCAGCGGAGAGAGAGAGAGAGUGCACGAGCAGCACCAAGCCCCAGGCGCCAUCAAGUGCCAAGCAACCACGUUUCUUCAAGGAGCGUCGUGCUGACGCCACUCAUCUAGCAGUGGAGAGAGAGAGCGCUUGAGCAGCACCACUCGGGCGUCACCGAGCGUCGUGCCGACUCGUCAUCCCGCAGCGGAGGAACUGCGCGCUAUCCGACGACGGAAUCAUCGCGCGCCACGACGGCGAGCGUCGUGCCGACGCCACUCAUCUAGCAGUGGAGAGAGAGAGCGCACGAGCACAGACACGCCCGAGCAGGACGAGCUCGCUGCGGCCAUGCCCAAGCAAAAGGGAACCUCUCUGGUCGUUGGUGGUAUAACCCCUCUCCCACCCCCCGCAAGCUAACGACACAAUUCCCGGUUCUAAAAAAAUAAUUAAUUUUACAAUGGGACAACGCACACACAACACGCACAUGAAUAAGACUUUCAAAGAGUUAUCUUUGUGUUUCAAAAAGGGUUGCCAUUUCAAGGUGGUGCGUUCAAUAUCAACUGAUUGUGCAAAGCAGUUGCUGCCGUCGAGUUACAUGAAUAAGAAGUGUUUUAGUCAUUCAUUUUCGUUAAUUGCAUAAUCUUGCUCAUGAAUCUAUUGACGUAUGCUUUCGCCUUUGCAUAUUAGAGUGUCAUAUUUUUGUUUAGAAUUAAAAUUGCUUAACAAAAGCGUUUGAGUGUUUCUUUCCAAGUCCAUGCAAAACUGUCUUAUUUAUAAGAACGGUAUCCUGCGUUGAGAUAUGAAUUUGGAGACCUAACAUAAUAUAAACACACUAAGAUAAUCAAUAAAUGUUAAUCAAAGAUAAUCGUUUUAUCCUGAUUGAUGCAACUCUGGAUAACGAAGCUAAGCCUAAAUAUCAUAACUGCACACAUUAACAUAAUUGCAAGCAUUUGCAUAAAUUUAUACGAUUUUCUCCGUGAGUAUCAUAACUUAUACAUACCAUUAUAUACAUUAGCAGAAUUUAUGCGAAUUACGCAAUUUUUUCUGAUUUUUAUUAAUUAUCAUUUUUAUCAAAAUUUCAUAAUCCGGCAUAUACAACAUAAUGGGUGGCUCGCCGGGAUCUCUCGCAGACAGUGUUUUGCAUGGAUGAAGGAACGAAUCACUACGUGUUAACCAGAGUAUUGUGAUCCAACAUUGCCUUGUGAUUGUAAACGGGCGUAAAACUAAAAAAAACGCACUCUGAGGCGAAACUCCAGAAUAGCAGGUUGGAACAAAGACAGUGAGAUUAAGGUAAUAUCAUAUCGAACCGAUUGCAUCCUGAUACAAUUGCUCUUAUAUGCACUCUGAAGGGGAAUAGCUUCUGCCACACAUGAGAUGCUAGGAUUAGGAGGAAUUUUUGAAUGGAUUGCGGAAUACUGGGAACUCGUAUUAAAAUGUACAGGCAGUUCUGCUACAGAACAGACAAGGCAGAGAGACAUAUGGGAAGGGAGCUGUAUCUAUGACACUAAGACACUCCGAGGGAAACUAAUUGACUGGAUAAAAUGUGACGAAGGUGAACACGAUGUAAAAACUGCAGGAAAAGCAGGACAGGACUCAUGCCUUCUCACACAGGCAUACAGACAGAGAUUGUGGAAUGAGGAAAAAUUCGGAAAGGAAACGGGAGAGAAACCGUCUAAAUCAGUGCUCGCGACACCAGCGAAACUCACAGACGUUGAUCCACAGAAUAAAUAUGAAAGUAGCAAUACACAACACUCUUGGGUACGUGGACAUAGUCCAGGGACAGAUCGUACAAAAAUUAUGGCUAUCGAUCAAAAUAUCCUUGACAAAGAAAAUCCCUCACAAUUCGAGAGAAGGGAUGGAGAGAUACAGAUGAAAAUAAAAAAGGGGGAACUGACAACCCCGAAGCUAGAGGGAGGCAAAAUCUUAAAAUAAAGUUGCCAGAAAACGCUCCACAAAGAGCAGAGGCAAAAACUGCAGGGAAUUGGCAACAUGCCCGACACAGCACACAUCAAAGUGACAGCUCGUCUGACGAAGACUCCUCUGACGACGACCAACUUUCUGAAUACUCUUUCAACAGUAAAAGCCUUAAAUUGAUGGACAAAGCUCUCGUCAGAAUUCCCGAUUUUGACCCACACAAUAAGAACAGGGAUAUACACACCCACAUCGCAACAGUAGAAGAGGAGGCAAUGAUCAGAGGUCUGAGGAGACGGGAUGAGAAAGCGAGUCUGUUGAAAAGGAGUUUACAUGGACAAUCUAUACCAUGGGUAAAGUCGCUACCAUACAAGGUUAGGAAUGAUUUCAAACAACUGAGCCUGGCAGUGAUUCGGAAGUUUGGAGAAUAUUUGACACUCACUGAGGGGUUUUAUGCUGUAAAAUCGAUUACCCAGGGCAUGGACCAUGACCUGCGUGAUUAUCUCCUACAAUUUAAACAAGCAUAUUAUGCAGGCUGUGCAUCAGUAUCACGAAGGGGACAAUAUGUUUAAAAUUAUGUUUUUUGAAUCCUUGAGUCCAGAGAUUACAGAAAUUAUGAGAAUGGUUUUGAACCCAGAAACAGCCUCCUUAUGCCGCAUAGAGAGCAAUGCGUACAUGACAUGGUUGUACAGAGCUAAGAAUCAUAAUUCGGAUCCAGAACACAGGGAGAGGGAUAAUGAACCCAGCCUCUCGGAGAGAAAUAAAAAUUACCGAGCAGUCCCAAAAUGCAGAGAGGAGCGAACACUCACGCACAGAUGGCAAAAUAACCCAGAGAGAGGUUGGCACACAAAUGAGAGCGGCACAAAGCCAAACAUUCAUGAGAAUCGCAGAAUGUGGAGGUCAAGGGCACAAUCAUAUCAGCACCCCAUGCCCCGGCACACGCAAGGUCAAAAUUACACACACAGAUGGCAAGGUAACAAUCCAAAAAAAAUGUGGCACACAGAUUGGAGGAGCACGGGGCCUAAUAUUUACAUAAAUCGUAGGAUGUGGGGGUCAAGAGCAGAACCAUAUCAGUACCCGAUGCGACGGCACAGGGGAGGUCAAACACGGUUUGCCCAUUUCCGACCGAUUCCCCCGCCGACUGUGCCAGGAGGGAACAGAGAGACAGAUAAUAAGGAAAAACUAAAUGCGUCGAGUACCAAUUCGAAUAAUGUGGUAGAGAACGCAAACACUGCUCCCGUAAUUGAUUCACGUAAAAACAUGACUGCAGCGAAGUGUGAUCGGACAGUAGAUAACAGACAGCGGAGACAAAGAGAAGGACCGGAUCGCGCAAGGAAAACAGCGCAGCACGUCGCAGGAUCGCGCGAUGGGGGUGCAGGGAGAUGGAGCACAGAGACACGCCCUGAGGAGUGCAGGCGUCAGCAUUUUAAUGGAGGGUAUUCCAAUGACACAAAAAUGAAUGUAAAUCGGAGUGCUGAAAUUGAGGAGGUGAAUAUCCAGACGUAUCGAGAGUUGUGUCGAAAUCCAGCACACUCACGGGCACGGAGGGGGAGACACCACGGGGCACAGAAUUGAAUCGACACACUGACUCGGCAAAGGUGCAUGUUGUCGCGAGGAUGGCAAGUGCCACUGAUAACGGAGUGCAAAAGUUGGUUGUGUGCGCGAGUUCUGGUUAUGUGCAACACAAUUUUAGACCACACACUCCCACGACGCGAGGGAGUGACAUGAGCAAUUACAAAA